ACAGAUCAGCUUAUAAAAGCAGAGGCCUUACUCUCAUUUUUCUGAUUUUAGACCCGGAAAAAAAAAACUCCAUUUUUAUUUCGCAGAGUUUAGAUAGAUAACCAGGGCAACCUGUGAGAGAUGGCAGAAUAUGGAGGCGCGAUCUCCCUCUCACAAGCUCGGGACUGUCACACCUCCGACGACGAAGACGACGAGCACGGUGCCAGAAGCGGCGGCCCGUUCAUGGUCGGUGGUGGUGUUGGAGGUAGUAGUGGUGGAGUCACCAAGACCAAGAUCAACCACGGCAGCAGCAACAAGACCGAGGGAGAUGCUGGGUCGACGGUGGAAGUCGUUCGGAAACCGAGAGGCCGACCACCUGGGUCGAAGAACAAACCCAAGCCACCAAUCGUUAUUACCAGAGACAGCGACUGCGCCAUGCGACCAGUCGUCCUCGAAGUUUCCGCCGGGUCCGACGUCGUCGAGAUGGUCUCACAGUUUGCUCGUCGCCGACACGUGGGUCUCUCCGUCCUCAGCGGUUCAGGCACUGUGGCGAACGUUACCCUCCGGUAUCCCACUGCACACGCAUCAACGCUCACUCUAAAUGGCCCUUUCCACAUUCUCUCACUCUCAGGCACCUUUCUUGGGUUUUCGUCCUCGUCCUCAUCUUCCUCUGCGAAAUCGUCUCCAUUUACUAUCUCUCUUGCAGGAGGUCACGGGCAGGUGUUUGGAGGGACUGUUGCAGGAUCACUCGUCGCUGGGAGCACCAUAGUUCUAGUUGCGGCAUCUUUUGUAAACCCUACUUUUCACCGUCUUCCUGGUGAAGACGAAGAAAGCGAGGACGUUAAAGCUGGUAACAUGGUGGGUGGAAGCGAUUCUUGCACGAGUAGCAUGUCCAUGUCUGUUUACAGUGUUGCAGCUCCGAGCCCUUUGAAUUGCCAGAUCCCCCCUGAAGUCUUGCCGUGGCCUCCCACCUCACGUCCUCCAUACUGAAAUCUGAUAUACAUCAUAGAAGAGAAGAAAUCUGAGACACCCAUCUCCAGAUUUCCUCAGUUUUGCUUUGAAUCUAUGAUUGAUUGCAGUUAUUUCUAUUCUAACUCUCCCUCAGAAACUAUUCCCUCUUAGUUGUUGGUUUGGUCGUGUCAGUGUUUCAACCACCUUCCAUUCCUCUUUUUUCUGCUAUAUUUUCCUUUCUGGUAUUCACAGUUCUCAUGGCUACUUCUUGUGGGUUUGCAAGUGUUCCUUGUCUUUUCUCUUUGUCUUUCGAUUAGCCCACUCGCAAGGUUUUCAGGGUCUCCUUUCGGCUUCCAUUUCGUUCUCGAGAAGUUGGGUUUUGCUCCUAUUGGUGCAGCUUCUGAUCUGAUGAUACUGUCAGUUCUUCAGAUAUUCUAUGUCAGGACUCAGACUCAGUGUUGAGCCCCCUCGGGAAGUGCCGAUUCUCCAUCCCCGAAGCAAGCAGCAGAUUAGCACAAACUACAGAGAAAGAGAGAAAGAUAAACAUCCAAACUUCAGGUUUAUGGGUAAUGAUCUUGUCCUUUGUAAAAGAGAAAUUAAAGGAGCAGAGAAAACAACACUUACAGGAACUAACUGGUGGACUGAACAGAAGAUUGAUAGGAUUGUAGCUGAAUGUUUCCUUCUGAAGCUGCUUUCAAUGUUCUGUAUCAUUAUCCAACUAGAUUGUUAGGAGUUCGUGUGCUUGCUCUACUCUUCUCUAAUAUAUAUUUUUUUAUAUUACUGAUCUGUUAUGCGGGUUUUGGUA